UUGGCCAUGGUGGGCCUCCUGAAGAUGGUGACCGAGGUGAUGACGUAAGUAACCUUGCUGCCAAUUGUAGAAGGUCCCCUGAGCGGCUUACUCCUUUGAAUGGGCUUCUUUCUUGUAAAUAAACAAUAUUUUAAUUUCAAUUAUUUUCAUCAUUCCGCUCUAUUUUCAGUCAUUUUACCUUCCACUUCAAGAAUGAGAUAUUUCAGGUUCGUUUGGACUCCAACCUGGUGCUUUCAUUUCCACAUGCAUUAAACUACAAACCUAAUUUGUACGUGUUUUAGUUGUGAGCUAAAUGCUCAAUUGAGUCAUUCCACUCUGAAAAGAAUCAGCUCCAAAAGUGAUAUUUUGACAAUUUUGUCUCCGAAAUAUAAUAGACUCAGCAUUAUUUUCUCAUUCUGAUAACUGCGGCUUACCACUGUACUCACUGCUGCACGCGGUUGGGUUUAGUCAUAGUCUGUGAGGAUAUGAUAGUUUGGAAUUGCAGCAAAGUUAAAGCCACAAAAUAGAAGACCAGGUUGUUACAAGUUGUUCCAACAGCUUGCUAUCCUCCUGCAAUUCAACAACUUGGUAACCAGUUGUCAGAGAUUAAUCUUGUAGUAACUUGGUAAAAUGACAACACUGUUACAACUUGUUCACAAGCUUGUCACAAGCUUGUUAGAAGCAUAUCUUGUUGAAAAUAUGUGAGAUACUUAUGUGUGUAUACGAGACCACACAUGAUGCACAGGGCUGCCAAGAGAUUGCGUGUACCUCGGGAAAAAACGUUUCCCAGGGCGCCCCUAAGACAUUAUAAUCGUUUUACAUCUGGUACUAACCCUGCUAGAGUAUAUAUUCUCAUUUAAGCAAUCUUGUAUCAUUGUUUUGAAACACCCUUUUGAAUUUAGGGCCUAAAUAUAUAUAUAUAUAUAUAUAUAUAUAUAUAUAUAUAUAUAUAUAUAUAUAUAUAUAUAUAUAUAUAUAUAUAUAUAUAUAUAUAUACAAUGGUUUGAUGUCCCACAUUCGUGAGACAUCAAAGGUAACUAUUUAUACUAGUUACUUUCGUCCUGCUCAUCAGCACUACACUGAUGAGGCCCAAAAGGCCGAAACGGUACCGUCUGUAGUUAUACGUAUAAAUAUAUAUAUUCACUUUUGUCUUCUUUUUAUUUAGGGUCCACAUGGACGUCAUGGACCUCCAGGUCCGCCAGGACGCCCAGGACUGCCUGUAAGUGUUUGUUUCCAUACGUAUGUACACAAAAAAUUUCAAAAAUCUAGUUGCCUUCCAGGUGGCGAAAUGCUUGUAAUUAAAACUGUCAAGAGAUAUAUGGACUGAAAGGAAUGAGCUUGUCCGCCAUUAUAGAUUAAUUCUUAACCUCAUUAACUGUGGUUUCGAUGACAUCAAGAAUAGGAUCAGCCGUAUUAAAUUACCUCCAAAUGACAUUUAAGUGAUCAAAACUUGUUUAAGAUGUUUCUAUUCAAUUCGAAAUUUGAAAUAGCAAGCAAAAACCAGUUCGGUUAAACAGGUGGGCAAUUUGUCGACGCUGACCAAAAAUAGCUGCCUAUUUCUUCUCCAGUUGCCAUUUUCGUUUCGAAGAGCAAAAAUAUAGACCUUUAGAGAAUAUUUUAGCUGUUUAUUGUCAAAUAUGUUUGCGAAACAGUUGAUAAUCUUACUGAUGAAGGCCAACGUUUUUUGAAAGCUAAUGUACGCCGAAAUCCAGCUUUGGAAUAGACUAUAUUUUCACCGGGGAAACAUGAACUAAAUGGAUAUUUACAUCAACACUAGAUUUUGCUCGUGCCUACAUAGCUAGUUGGAUUAAAACAAAUUUUAAGAAGUAAGUGAAAAUUUGAAUUUUGUGAAUUAUGUUUCAAUUAAAAUGUUUCAGAUGGUCUGCUUAUGUCAAAUUACAAGUGUGACAGAACUGUCAGUAUACCCAUAUUUUAAUUUUUAUGUUGUAUUGACCCAACUUCUUUGAGGCAGGUAUAGCUUAAAAAUUAGGGUAUGCUCAUCAUUUGAAACUAGCUUUAAAUCAAAGUUUUAUCUAUUGUCCUUUUAUUAGAAUUAAAAUCAUUCAUGGGAAACUGUGCCAAAGGAUUGAAAUUGCCCAUGUAAAUGUACACUAUUUUUGACAUGUUUGGGUUAGUAUUUUGAAAAGGUGUUUUGGAAGGAAAAUAUGUCUUGAACAUUACUGGUUGACCCUUAAAUUAUAACUAGUGUUAUGUAAAUCACAGAAAAUUGAAAAAAAAUCUGGUACGUACACAAUAUUUUGAAUUCUAUGUGGCCCCGAAUGGGGCUAAUUUCAAUGUUAAAUCUGUUUGGCUGGAAAAAACUUAGAAAAUUGAAUAAGUCAAGAAUUUGACUAUGCUCAUCAUCCAAAACCAGGUUUUUCUAAUUGCUUUUUCACCUGGGUUUGUAGCAAUACCAGUUAGGCGACCACGAAAAAUGCGCGCGACACUUUUUUGGACACUGAAGAUAGCGACAUAUGAUGUUGUCAUAUGUUGCUGUCCUCUUAUCAUAGCAUAACUUAACUUAUUUUAGUGAGUUUGUUAAAGUGUUGUGCUCACUAUACGCCCGUAGUAUCUAAGAUUUUUUCAUGGCAUUAGAUGAUAAAUUUAAGUUCUGUUUUCUUUUAUUUUUAGGUGAUAGUAUCCGUUCACAUGAAUGUUGGUAUCAAAUUUUGCUCAAGAUUCAAUGAUUAGUUCACAUUCCUUUCUUCAAAUAUCCAAAUAAAUGGGAUAUGACAUCAAGCUGGAGGACUAGAUCCUGUUUCCAAACUUCUUGUUGUAAAAAUAGAAAAUAAAAACUUAUUAUGUGUUGUUCUAAGAAAAACUAUUGUUUUUGGUAUGCAUAUUUAAUUUUUAAAAUUACCUUUCAUUCUUUGUUAAAAUGUGUACCAGGAACACUGAAAACUUUCAGAUAGCUAACAAUACUUUUAUAACUUAUAUAGCCAAGUGUUCUAUCUAUAUCUAUCCGAAUUAAACAAAUGAUGGGUGAAAUAUUCGAUAAGAUUUUUUCAAAAAUAUGAGCUUGCCUGUUUUCAAAGCAUAAAAAGCAAUAAAAUAAAGCAAAAGUACUUCAUUUUAAUUUACAAUCUUUGGACUGUACAGCUUAAUGUUUUCCACUAAAUAUUACAAAGUUUUCGUUCAUUAAAAUGUUGUUUUAUCAGCUUUAAAACCAGAUAAAUCCACGAAACAUUCCAAAAUAUAUGUCGCCAUAUUGGUAUUCUUUGCGCAUGCUCAGACAAAUUGCCCACCUGUUGUUCGGUUAGGGUUAUUUCAUAUCCGUCAGAGCGCCUAGUCACCAGUCUUUUUAUGACACGGCCACAAAAUUCAAUAUAGCACCCGACAAGGUGUGGAAGUAUAAAUUCAAGCAAUAUACUAUUGUUGUUUCUUCUUUAUUCUUCGAAAUAUUUUUGUUGUUAUAAAUACAAGAGACGACAGAAAAAACCAGGUAUCUGAUUUUUACCUGAAAAAGACUUUGACACAGAUAAGAAUUUUUCUCAGUCAUGGUGGUUGAUAAAAUAUUAAAUUAGAACAGUAUUCUAAUAAAUGUAUAAUUUAUAGUAUAUACGACCACUGAACGAUACGUUCAAGUAGUGAUGCUGCGUUCUGUCCGUGUUUGGGAUGUCAUCAUUUUAAUACCUAGUUCGUUUGCUUUAAAUGAUCCAUUAUUGAAAAUAUUGUUCACCUGUGCGUAUAAUAUAAAAUUGGUGUGUACUUUAAGGAGGGGAGGGGGGUGUAGAGGGUGAAACACUCGUCAUUCAGUCGGCAAAUUGUCUCCCAGUCACCAAAACAUGAAUUGGAUAGGAACGAACCAAAAUAUUUGUAAUUUAACCAUCUUUUCUUUAAAUUUCGCCCAUUUAUUAAUUAAGAAAAUAAUACUAAAUAUAUAUGUACAUAGUGAGUAGUUUAAGACCCCUAGUUAAGUUGAUGUUCUGAAACUAAAAUGUUCUUCCUUGUAAAAGAAUCCUAAUUUUACAAAACAAAUGUAUAUACAAAAAUAUUUAUUCAGUUAUAUACUCAGAAGCGUACGGAAAGGAAAAAAUUUGUGGGGAGGAAGGAAAUUUGUAUCCACUGUGCCCGACUUGUCAAAAUUUUUUUCGUGCAAACUGUGGGGAGGGGGGAAGGAGAGGGAGUGUGGGGUGACGACGAAAAAAAUUUCGGAAUGUAUUAUAAUUUGUAUUAAAACUUUUACAUUAUUCCCCCAAUAUUGAGAUAAUUUUUCCUAUUUAUUUUUAUAAUAAUAUUGCCUAACUUUGAAGUGAAUAUUGCCGGACUGGCCUAGUCUGCACAACAAUCUGGGGUGGGGGAGCUACCCCCUGCCCCUCCCUGUAGACCUAUGUAUAUACUGUUAUUAUUAUAUACUAUUAGGACUUGUUACAGUACGUUAUUAUCGCGGGAUUAGAAAAACAGCAUAUAUGCAAAAGCACACAUGUGUACAGUAUAAAUUCAUUAUAUAAUUUGGUUGUUUUUGAUGUUGUUCUAUUUGAAGGAUACGCGUGCAUAUUUACUUAUAUUUAGGUUAAUUUAAUGAGUCUGCAAAACUAGAAAAUGAUUUGCAACCAAUGACUUGCAACCCGAUGGUAUGCAGAUGAUAAUGAACUGCGGAUGAAAACGUUUUUUUAAAUCGAAUCCUUGGUUGAGGUUGGCUGACCCAAAUAAAUUUUGAAGUUAAACAUAUACAGAAGAGAAAUAUUCAAGAAUUUUAGGGAAAUCAAAAGUAUAAACCGAUGAAAAAAGCAAAUGUGGCUUUGUUCGUCGUCACGUGUAAUGCUGAUCUGACUUUCACACGCGUACGCUACAAAUAUGAAGAAUUUAAAAACACAAAAGCACGCGCGAACUGUUUCCUGCGAAGAUAUCGAUUACACCAUAUAUAAACCAUCUCCUAAUUGCGUGACUUUUCUAACCAGCGAAGAUAGGAUCAUUCACUGGAUAAAAAAGAUUUUGUUAUCGCUACUGCACAGGGAGCCCAAGCGUUGAUCAUUCUGUGUUAGUGUUGUAUGUUUUUCAGUUUAUUUAUUUUAGUGUCUUUAUAUUGCCUUUUAAUUGAAUUAUAACACUAAAUUACACUAAUAUGUCAUAUAAUAAUAAUACUCCUAUAGUCGAACAUAUAAUAACAACAUAUAAGUUGAUUUGUAUUUGUAUGUUUUUCAGUUUAUUUAAGAUCUAUUAUUAGCUUAUAUAAAAGCACCGCCUUUCGAACCUGACAGCCCGUUCGCAGGAUACACUUAAGAUCUCUUACUAGCUUAUGUAAGAUCUCUUACUAGGUUAUGUUACUAGCUUACCAGUUCGCAGGAUACACGCGUUAUUUCGCACUGAAAUAAGAAAUGUGCCAGGGAUGAAAUUACAACACAGCGAUGUUUUAUUUUGAAGCCGUAUGUGCUUGUUAAAACGAAUUUUAGCUUGAAAUUCGGCCGCAUGAUAUGUCUAAGGCUAAAGUACAUAGCCAUUGAAAACUUUUGCGAUAUAAAAGCCCUAUUUAAAUAGGCCUUUAUAGAUUGUGCUACUAAUUUGAGCAAAAGUUGCUCACAAAAAUGGGGAAAAGUUGCUCAAAAGUUUCCAAAAUUGUAAUUUGAGCAAAAGUUGCUCACAAAAAUGGGGAAAAGUUGCUCAAAAGUUUCCAAAAUUGAAAAAAGUUGCUCCCCAAAUUCAAAAAGUUGCUCCCAAAAUUCAAAAAGUUGCUAGCUUUGUCGCAACGUUAUUAUUGAUAAACAACACAAAAUAACAUCCAAAAUUCAAAAAGUUGCUAGCUUUGUCGCAACGUUAUUAUUGAUAAACAACACAAAAUAACAUAAGUUUACUUAGAACUAUAAUAGUAUUUGUAUAUAGUGUCUGUCAUGAUCAAGUGAACUUUUCUUCAAGGAAAGCAUUUCACUACAGGCAUUACAACGGAGAGUUCCAUUCAAUCACAUCAACCUGUCCCAAGUACUUACACUCUUGACUGCUGACAAACUGCUUCCUCUUCCUUUGUAUUUGCCUUGGUUGACAUGUAUUUUUCGCUUACGAGAAAUUGAAGCGCUUUGUGGAACAGUUAGGCUUGCUCCAGCAUUCGUGGCUACCAAUAUUGGAUCAAUAACAUCAGUUUCUUCAAUGUCAGAAUCAGAGGAGUUAGAUUCGCUUGAAUGCAGGUGCUCUGCCAUGGAUGAAAAUAUGCAAUUUUAUCCUUUUUCGUUCAUUAUUUACAUCUCAUCGAAUAACCGCUGUAAAUUUCAAUUGUUGUUCGGAGGCAUCUUUAAAUAAUUACUGCAGUCCAUUGUCCAAUUAGCAUUCAUGGGCGCACAUUAACAAUGAUCCCUACGGCCUACGUCAUUCUUUAUUGUCAAAAUUUGUUAAUUCAUUAAAUUAAAUAUUUGAUUUAAUCUUUUAUUUCCCCAAAUGUUCAUUCUGUGCUUAAUUAAAAAGGUUGAAAGUUGCUCAUUUGGUGCUUAAACAGUCAAAAGUUGCUCGAGGUUGCUCGAAAGGCAAAAAGCUGCUCAAAACUCCAAAAGUUGCUCAUAAGUUGCCGAGCACAAUCUAUAAAGGCCUUGCCCUAGAGUCUUAUAAAUUGCUAUAGUUUUUAAUAGCGACGCUUCGUAGCAUUAACGCCCCGACUUGACUGGACCCUAAUGUAUUUAAUUUUUAAUUUUAAACAUUGAAACCGUUACGGUCGACACAAAUUGGCUUCUCACCUUGAGUUGUAUUCGAGUUUGCUUCCUUGUUUAUAUCAUUGAUUCCUAAAUGUUGACGGCUUUAUUCGACACGACACUCAUUGCAUAAGUAUCGGUCCACUCAAGUCGGGGCAUUCAUAACACGACAAACUUUAAGAGUUUCAUCACUUGUCACGUAUUUAUAUUGUUGCCGCCCCCUAUUUCAAAUCCCGCGCGUAUCCUGCGAACGGGCUGUCAGGUUCGAAAGGCGGUGUUUUUAUAUAAGCUAAUAAUAGAUCUUAAAUAAAUCAACUGAAAUUAAAAACAUACAAAUACAAAUCAACUUAUAUGUUGUUAUUAUAUGUUCGACUAUAGGAAUAUUCUUAUUAUAUGACAUAGUAGUGUAAUUUAGUGUUAUAAUUCAAUUUAUUAUAUACAUGACAAAAUUACUGCAAUCCGAUUAGUCAAGUCAAGAGGAGUGCAAUUAUUUCAUUAAUUGCACUCUCCAGGAGUGCAAUUAAUGAUUUUCGUGAUGGCGGGGAGCGAGCAGGAAAUCAAAACAACAAAAUCCAAUAUUGCGGCGAAAUUUAGAUAAGUAUUUCUAACAAAUGUGGACGAAUUUAACUGAAUGUUGGCACAAGAAUGAGUUUAAGAAACAUUGUAUGGCAAAAAGAGCCUGUGGAAAAUACCUGGAAACUAUACCUGGAGUAUAGGACUAUAAUCUUGGCGGGAUGCAGCGAAACGUGACUAUGUAAGUUUGAAAUACAAUUUAUAAAGAUUUUCUUAGUCUAAAAUAUGUUGUUUGAGUUUGAAUCUUGUGUUCUAGUUUAAGUUAUGUGCCUUUAUGAGUUUAUAAUCAUUUCCCAAGUUUGUUUAUACCAAAUUGCUUACAAAAGAAUUAAAAACUCUUGACCAAAUGCAGUUGAUAUGUAAAGAAAGCGAUUUUGUCAUGCAUAUUAUAAAUAAAUAAUCACACGGGCAAGUCGUGCAAUUAAUGAUUAACACUACUCGUGAUAUUUGAAAAAUGUGCCCGUAGUGUUAAUCAUUAAUUGCACUCCUUCCCGUGUGAUUACCUAUACUAAUUAAAAGGCAAUAUAAAGACACUAAAAUAAAUAAACUGAAAAACAUACAACACUAACACAGAUCAACGCUUGGGCUCCCUGUGGCUACUGCGGCAAAAUAAACAAACAAGAUGGCGAACGGCAAUUAUUUAAAUCAACUUGCGAAGAACAACUCGCCAAAACGACUCAUCGAAAUGCGAAAAAAUCACACUAACUCAGUCCCUCGAAGGCAAAAAAAACGGAUGAAAAUUUUGUUACUAUUAUUAUUUACUGUAGUACUGGUAGAAUCCAGAUACAAGGACGUUCGAUGCGUGCGUGGAGCAAUAACGAACUCUUUACAAUCUAGAAGCUGGUAGACCUACACCCCGAUGUAAUAUCUCCCAAUACAGCAUCAAAAAACCUUCAAACCGUGAUCGGCAAUAUUACACAGACUCCAAAAAAAGAAACAAGACCGGAUGAAGUCAAUGAGAUGUCCCCACAAGCGGCUCCAAAUCCUGCUGGAAACUCGAACCCCGCAUGUGAACAAUCUGUAAUAAUUAAAACCAAUAUGUGGCGAGUCUCGAAGCGAAUUUCGUUUCCUUCAAACAAGAUAUUCUAAAAUCAUACGCAGAAAUAAAGAAAGGUAAGAAGAAAAAUGUUGAUGAAUUCGAAAUUUUAAAGAAAAAGAUUACCAGUCUUGAGACACUAAAUGAGCUUCUUCAAAAAGAGAAUGCUGACCUGACUAACAUCUCACAUAAACAAAAGCAAUUAGAAAAGAAAGUGAGCAAUGCCAUUACCCUAUGUAAAGACCUUAAACAAAAACCUUAAUUCCACCAUCUACCGAAGAAUCCUCCCACCAAUUGGUUCCAGCUGAAAGUACCACUGAACCCACAUCAACCAUGGAAUCAAAACCAACCCAACCAAAUCCACCCCUAGAGACCCACCUCAUAUCCACCAUCGCGAACUUAGAACAAAUUCUCGGCCCUUGGCAAUGAAAGCCCAGACAUGCCAAACAAUCCAAUGCAAACAUCACAAAAAAUUCCCUAACAGAUAUAAAAACGGACACAACAUUUCAUGUGGGACAAUGACACAAUGACUAAGUUUACAGAAAAUCUUAAAUCAUUUCAAACUCAACAAAAUCUUCAAUAUUCGAUUAAUUCCAAUCCAUCUCCUUCAAAGGAAGGUGUCAACAUGUUUGCCUCGAAAGUAGAAGAAUUAAUUAAGUAUGCUGCCAAAAAUCCAUGAAAAUCAAAAUAAGAAAUACAGAAAUAAAGCUUCCAAUGUCUGUAAUAAAAAAUGGUUCGACAAAGAAUGUCGACUAGAAAGACAUUCAGUGAGAAAACUCGCAGACCAAAAACACCGUGAUCCUCUUUUCACCGAAAUAAGGGACAGAUACUAUGUCACACUAGCCUGCGUAGCAGGCGGUAUUCGCGGGCACGAGAGAAUGGGAAGCUAGAAAUACCGCCUGCCCAAAAACUACACAUUCUGAGUUCUCCGCGGCAGCUGGGUGCCGUAGCAUUCUGAUUGGUCAGAAUGUUGAUUUUGAAUUUUUGAUCAACAGGAGUAAAGAAUUAGAAUAAUUAGUGCUAAUUUUAGAAGUUACUGUUGCCGUAUUUAUAAUACAAACUAUUGUUAUUUUCGUAAUUGAUACCGAUAUAUCGAGUGAUGGCAUACACUAACCAAAAUAUAACGAAUGUAUUAAUUGAGAAUUAAGCGUUGAAUUCUUUAAUCUUUAUCUGGAAUCGGAAAUCGCUUCGUCUUGAAGAAUGAACAACGAAUAUCAAUCCAACAUUUGUUGCUUGAUAGAUGUGAUACCGUGAUAAAAGUGCAGAUUUGAAGAUACAGGCUCGUAAAUGACACUCUAAGUAGUGCUUUUGAUAGCGAUUGGAACAACGGGCCGAAGGGGCCGAAGAUAUGUUCGGCGAAAGGUAUGGCUAGUCUAUAUUUUUGUUCAGACAAUUGCGUAAUUUGAUAAUACACGAACUCGCGUGACUUUCAAAGCUGAUAAAUCGCUAUAAUGUUGACAUCGACUAAAACUAUCGCUAUGAAUGAGGACAUAUUUUUACACUGAAUCGAACGUGGUAUUUUUGUCUCCAUGGCAUUGAAUGAACCGAAGAUAUGAAAAGUCAAAGCCGUAUAUUUGCACUGGUGCAAAUUGAGUUUGACAAAUAAUUAAAAUAAAUACGUUAAGAUGGGCGGGACCAUGCGUUCGUUGGGCGGAACUCAGAAUGUGUAGUUUUUGGGCAGGCGGUAUUUCUAGCUUCUACCGCCUGCUACGCAGGCUACGUCACACCUACGAUUUAUAGAAACACUCUAAAACACAAAAAAACUUUUCCAUGAAAAAAACUAGAAGAACUGGAAAGUUUCUGAAAAUGACCCAAAUUCCUUCUGGCAACUCUAAAAACAUGAGUGAUGACUUUGGGGACCCUUCUAUGAGCGAACCAGAUGUCUCGGCUAACAGCUGGCUGGCUCAUUUCCAAUCCUUGCAUGCUAAACAUACGUUAGAAACAGAACAGUAUAACAUUUUACGAAAAUUAACAAAACUUGAAGAAAAAACACCAAAUGAUUUUCUUGAUGAACCUAUUUCUUAG